UCUUAGCGUGUUACUUACAUUAAGUGGUAACUCUAUCCGUAGCCGUGAAAAGUGUCGUGUUUGAAGUUUAAACAUGAUAGUGCUUACGAAGAAAUUACUCCAAAUAUCGAGAGUGCAUCACAGAAUAAUAACAAAGCGAAAUAAAUAUAUAGUUUUAUUGCCAGAAAUACCAUCAGAUACUCCUGAAAAUAAUCCGCUUCUUCGUUCAAAUAUUCUUCCUCAGUUUAGUCAGAUAACCACUCAGAAUUGUGUCAAUGCUAUUGGAAGAUUAGUCAUUGAAUAUGAGUCUGGAAUUCAUCAGUUGGAUCAAAAACUCUAUGAUGCUGACUUCCAAAGAAAUGUUCAGAAUGUGAUAUUGCCUUUAGACAGGCUCUCAGGCCCUUUAGAUUUUGCUUGGGGUGCCUUUAAGUUACUUUAUACUGUUCGCAGAAAUGACAAUCUAGCAGAUGCAUAUGUUAAGCUCCAUCCAAGGCUUCUGAAAGCAAAACGAGAAAAGUACUUAAGUGCUUCAAUUUAUGGAGCUUUCAAGGAACUGAAAGAAAAUGAAAAACAAUUAACAGAACCAGUGCGAAGAAUAACUGAUAAACAUCUACUGGAAUCUCACCUUUCUGGCAUGGAUUUGACAGACAAUGCUUACAAGCAUUUCCAAAGUGUCAUGAAGAAACUUGACCAACACAGAAUAAAUUAUAAGAUGAAGUUAAAGAAUUCAACAUCUUCAUUUUAUCAUGAUUUAGAAUUUGACCACGUAAAACAUUUCCCAAGAGAGAUUUUAAAGUUGUUUGCUGUAGACUCGGCUAGAAUUUCAAAUGGUCCAUGGCGUUUGAUUCUAGAACCUCAUAUUUAUCAAUAUUUUUUAGAAUAUUGUAAUGUUAGAUUAUUAAGAUGGAAUGCCUGGUAUGCAUAUAAUGUUAGAGCUUCAUCAACAUCUGGUCAAAGUUUAAAUAACAGUAUAGAAAUUGAAGAACUAAGAUAUCAAAGGAGUGAACUUGCUAAAGUUCUAGGCUUUAAAUCUUAUGCAGAUCUUUCAAUGAAAACAAAAAUGGCUGGCAGUGUUGAAAAUGUCUUGGAAAUGAUAACUACGCUUCAUGUUAAAAGUCAAGCAACAACUUUAAAAGAAAUUCAGGAAUUACAAGAUUUUGCAAAACAAAAUGGGUUUGAGGAAAAACUUGAAUUGUGGGACAUCCCUUAUUGGCAAAGGUUACACAAGGAAGAGCUAUUCAACCUUGACGAUGCUGUUGUUCGACAAUAUUUCCCUCUUCCUUGUGUUUUAAAGGGCAUAUUCAAUCUUUGUCAUAAACUAUUUGGGAUAACUAUACAGGAAGCUAGUUCUAAUGUGGAUACUUGGCAUCCAGAUGUUACUUAUUAUAAAAUAUUAGAUGGAAAUGGAAAACAAAUAGCCUCCUUUUAUAUGGAUCCAUAUUUCCGAGGCAAUGAAAAAAGUCUGGGAUCUUGGAUGGAAGUUGGUCAAAAUCACAGUGAUGUGACAGGCUCUGAACCUUUAGCAUAUAUGAUUUUCAACUUUCAUCCUCCAGUUUCCAGUCAACCAUCUUUGUUAACAUUUGAAGAUUUGAAGAUCUUAUUACAAAAAUUUGGCCAUCUUCUUCAACAUUCCUUAACUACUAUCCCAUAUGCUGAUGUAUCUGGUCUUACAAAUCUGGAAUGGGAUGUUGUUAAUGUGUGUCCAUAUGUAAUGAGUUCUUUCCUAAAGCAUUAUGGAACCAUCUCCUCUCUUAGCAGCCAUAUAGAAUCAGGAAAAAUGAUUUCACCUGAGAUGCAUGAAACCCUUGUAAAAAAAGAUCAUUACAUGAUGGGUCUGAGGUUGACGGAAGAACUUUAUUUAUCAGCUCUUGAUCUUGAACUUUACACCAAAAGAGAAUUUUGGACAAAUGUAACCAAAAGAAUGUGGCUUCAGUACAUGCCAUUUCCUUUUGACAAAACUGUUUUUCAGCCCUGUUCCUUUCCUGAAAUAUUUUGUGAUCAGUAUCCUGCUGCAUAUUUUUCCAAUUUAUGGGCAAAAAUGAUUGCUGCAGAUGUGUUUAGUGCCUUUGAGGAAGUGGGAUUAGAUGAAAAUAACAAAAUACAGCAAAUAGGACACAGGUUUCGAGAUACUUUCUUGGCACUCGGAGGGGGAUGCAAUCCUGGAGAAGUGUUUCGUAAAUUUAGAGGUCGUGAUCCUUGCAUUGAUGCAUUAUUAGUUAGUUCUGGAAUUAUGAAGAAAAACCACAGUUCAUAAGCAUUCAUAUUAAUUAUUUUAGUAAGAAAAUUCUUUGCCUGCAAUAUCAAAAACAUAAAACAAUGAAUGUUCAGUUUGUAUUAAAUAUACUGAUGUUUUUCUGCCAUAUGAUGUAGAUUAUGUAUUAAUAAAAUUAUGUUUGUAUUAA